GUUAAUAGUGCCGCGAUCGCUAUUGGAAUAAACACACACGCGGUCAAUCGUACGAAACGCAACACAGUUUUAUGGUGCUACAGCAGUGAUUCGUAGGAUACUCCGGGAGAGCGCAUUCAACAACCGACCCUCAUCCGCACAUCCCUUUCGCUGCUGCUGUUUAAUAUCGAAUAUCAGAAUCGGAAUUGCCUAGAACGUUUCUGCGUUAGCUGAAGGGAGCGUCCGAUCGAUCGUUGCACUUCGCAACAGAAAACUGGAUACCGAUAUGAUGAAAAUGGAAACGGAUAAAAUUAUGGACGACGCGAUCAGCAAUACACAGUUCACCACUUCGCUGAUGUAUGAUCCGGCGCGAAAGAAAGAACCGUCACCGUCGUUUCAAACUGAGCGCGAUGCCUGCCUAGCGCUGUUCGUCAAAUGGAACGAGGCGGACCAGCUGAACUACGUCGAGAACAUCCUGUCCCGCAUGUGCCACUACCAGCACGGACACAUCAAUGCCUACCUGAAACCGAUGCUCCAGCGCGACUUCAUCACACUGCUGCCCACAAAAGGAUUGGAUCACGUGGCUGAAAACAUUCUCUCCUAUCUGGACGCCAAGUCGCUCUGCCGGGCGGAGCGCGUGUGCAAGGAGUGGUCCCGCGUCAUCUCCGAGGGCAUGCUGUGGAAGAAGCUGAUCGAGCGAAACGUCCGCACCGAUUCACUGUGGCGAGGGCUAGCGGAACGUAAAGGAUGGAUCAAAUAUCUGUUCAUACCGCGACCGGGUGUAACGCUCCGGCAACACAAAUUCUACCGCGAGCUCUUCCCGAAAAUCAUGAAGGACAUCGAGGCGAUCGAGAACAACUGGCGCACGGGCAAUCACAACCUACAGCGAAUAAACUGCCGGUCAGAGAAUUCCAAGGGUGUCUACUGUUUGCAGUACGACGACGAUAAGAUUGUGUCCGGGUUGCGCGACAACACGAUCAAGAUCUGGAACCGUUCGACGUUACAGUGCUGCAAGGUUCUCACGGGGCACACGGGAUCGGUGCUUUGUUUGCAGUACGACGACAAGGUCAUCAUCAGCGGGUCGAGCGACUCGACCGUGCGCGUGUGGGACGUGAACACGGGCGAUAUGGUCAACACGCUGAUACAUCACUGCGAAGCGGUUCUUCACCUGCGCUUCAACAACGGCAUGAUGGUCACCUGCUCAAAGGAUCGCUCGAUUGCCGUGUGGGAUAUGACCUCACCGACGGAGAUUGCCCUGAGGCGCGUGCUCGUGGGGCACCGGGCGGCCGUCAAUGUGGUGGACUUUGACGAGAAGUACAUCGUGUCCGCUUCCGGUGAUCGGACGAUCAAGGUGUGGAACACGUCGACGUGCGAGUUCGUCCGUACGCUCAACGGCCACAAGCGGGGUAUCGCCUGCCUGCAGUACCGCGACCGGUUGGUGGUCAGCGGAAGUUCCGAUAACUCGAUUCGGCUAUGGGACAUCGAAUGUGGCACGUGCUUGCGAAUUCUCGAGGGCCACGAGGAGCUCGUUCGCUGCAUCCGGUUCGAUUCGAAGCGCAUCGUCAGCGGAGCGUACGAUGGCAAAAUCAAAGUGUGGGAUCUCCAAGCUGCCUUAGAUAUCCGAGCACAGACCAACUCGCUGUGUCUCAAAACGUUGGUGUUUCGGUUUGCCCUUCAGGAACACACCGGUCGCGUAUUCCGGUUGCAAUUCGAUGAAUUCCAGAUCGUGAGCAGUUCGCACGACGACACGAUUCUGAUAUGGGACUUCCUGAACUGCUCGCAGAAGGAGGAACUGACCGCGCCCCAAUCGUGCAGCAUGGUGCAGAGCAACCACCACAACAACAGUGGCAGCAGUAGUGGUAGCGGCAAUAGCAUGGGUGGUGUUGGUGGUGGAGGUGGAGGUGGAGGUGGGAGUGGUGCCAGUGGCGCUGGUGGAGCCGGAAGCAACGCCAACGGUGGUGGCCAGAACAACCAUCUCCACAACAACAGCAACAACAACUCCAACAACCAUCAGAACGAUGAACUUAGUGACUAAACAGACGGUCUCCAGCGAGUGUGGUGGGUCUAGGAGAGACGAAGCGCACGUCCACCGCGACGAGACGACCGCAGACCGACGGCGAAUGCUAGCUUUUGUGGCGCAAAAUUCCUCUUCUAGCGCAGCGUUCGGUGCCGAACUGUGUUCGAUUGUUCCGAUCGCUGCCCUUAGCCCCUCUCAACAGAUUGUGGUUUCUUCUUUUUUUUUUUACUGGCAGCACCCUGAUUAAGCGUAAGAAAUAAGGUUAAGCAAAUAAAAAGGAAUGUUCCGAUCCAACACACACCAGCGCAGCACCAUUCUCUCCCCCGCAAGAAUCCACUGUUAAAGUCGUCUUUUUUAGUCCCGUCGCUCGAGUCAACCAACACGGAACACACGCUGUGUGACGGCCUUUCAGCCCGCGGGGGUCUGGUUCUUUGUUCGGUUCUUAUGAGAACAUGUGCAUCACAACAUAACGUUGAGAAUGAACCCGAAUUCGCAAAAACCACACACGGACUAUAGAUGCUGUAAGUCUCAACAGUCAUCGCGUAACGUUGCAUUCGUUUUUUGUUUUAACAGACACAGCGAUGAGGGAUUUUAUUUUAAUCAGCCUAACAAAUUGAUCGCUACCAAGCAAAGCAGACAAGUGUGUUCAUGAGAGAGUGGCCAAUAGUGGCGAUAGUAGUGGCUCACUUUUAGCUAGCUAAAGAAAAUGACAAAUCGUGCGCGCUCCACGCCCUUGUGCAAUUCGCUGUCGGUCUUUCAGUCUCAGUGCUGGGCGCUGUUGUGUGUAUCGGGUGGGGUUGUAUUGAUUAUCUCAUAGUUUAUUGAACAACAACAAAAAAGAACACAGAAUAAGAAAACACGGCUGUUUACCAUAAAUAAACAGGAAUAAGGUUAAUUAAGGCAGAAGUAAUACGUCGGAGGGACACGCACGCGACCACAUAGGACGGAGCGCUAAUUAAGGCAGACGCAGAAACACGUUGACACCAGGCAAGGAUUUUACAGCUAAAGAGACGAAACACGUCGUCGGGUCGUGGUCGUAGAUUGUACACUUUUACCGGAACGGCGAAAUAGGGAAAAACGACAGAAAAAAGCAGUCAGACACACACAGGACAGUAAACGUUAUAGUGGAAGCGGCUUAAUCGGACUGUUAUUAGACUUAUUUUUAUGACUAUUACACACUAUGAUUAUUACUGUAAUUAUGAUUAUCGUGUAAAGCACUAUCCAACUAAAGCGGAUCAUCCGCCGCGCCCCCCUCGUAUUGAUACGAAAACAAAAAACCAGGAACAUCAACGUUGACGCGUUGGACUUUAGAGAAUCAAACCAGGAACGACAACCAAUUCGAUUUAAAAGCAAGGCCUGCUAUAAACUGCUCUCGUAAACACUAACAAGGACGAGGAAAAGAAUAGAUAAAAAUGAGAGAGAGAGAGAGAGUGAGAUAACUGAAUCCCCCUUCCACACUGCUGCAGAUAGCUGUUCUGGGUCACCGUUUGUGGUCGAUACUCGAUUUCUCAACUCGUCCUUGAUUAACGUAUUUAUUGCAUAACUAAUGUGAGUGCGUAUGUGUCUGUGGGAAACCGCACGUGCACGUGCGCACACCCGAUCAUCAUCGUCAUCGUCACCAUCAUCAUCAUCCGAUCGUACAGGAGAGAAAGCGCAACCUACGAUGUGUGUACAUUUAAAUUAACCAACAAAACGGGAAACAGAUCGCUCACGUCGUGGCGCGCUGGGACCCCGUUGCCCCGAUAAGAGGAGAAGUAUGUUACAACUCGAUAAGGCUCGAUAAAACACUUUAAUCCCCGGCGAAAAAUCAAGAAAACACUGCACGUGACACGACGAAUGGCUAGAUGAAUGACAUGCACGAAAGUACCCGUGAUACGCCCGGGGGGUGAUGACACGGCGAGCAGCGUUAGGUCCACAGCGAAUAGCGAAUAGCGGGCCGCCGCCGUAAGGCGUGGGUUAUUGAACAGAUAUUGUGAAACAAGAAAGUAGAGAAUGAAUGUGACAAAAACGAGCCAAACACAGAAAACGGCGUUUGUUUUUGUGAGCAUAAGUGGAGGCAGUCGAG